CGUUUAAAUAUAAUACAGCGAAUUGCGGUAAGGGUUAAAGGAAACCGAGGAAGAAUGCGAGUGGUUGGUUGGUGACUAUGGUGAAAAGGACUACAUCAUGAGGAAAAAGUGGAAGACUUAGUGGCUUUGUUUACUUGGCAGAAGGCCAUAAUUUCCAGUACCAGUGAUGAUUAUCUUUUGAUUAUAUGCCUCAGUCUUUCAUCCACUCAGGGUUAUCUGUGUAUAGGAAUGUUUCAUUUGUACAAUUGAGCUGUUCCGUGAUGUACAAUGGAAGACUAUAUAACUAGGACAUAUGGCACCAGUGGUCUAGACAGCCGGCCUUUGUUUGGGGAAACCUCUGCAAGGGAUCGAAUUAUCAGUUUGAUUUUAGGUGGAAUAACUGCUAUACUUUUUCUGGUGACCUUAAUCAGUGCAUUCUUUCCUCAUUUACCUCCGCAUCCUCUGAAUGUUUUCUUUGCUGUGUGCAUAUUCUUGAACUGUAUUUCUGCAGGCAUUCUUAUUUGGUGGUACCGCCAGGGGGAUUUGGAACCAAAAUUCAGAUAUCUCAUUUAUUACAUCUCUGUUUCUAUCAUCAUUUUAUGCACAUGUGCCAACCUGUAUUUCCAUGAUGUGGGAAAGUCACUGACUUCGAUAAACAUGACAUUGAACUGGUGUGGUGAUCCAAAGCAAAGCCAGAACAUUGAAAAAGCUGUCAAAAUGAAUGUAUGUUUACAUAUGCAACAGAUAGUGAAUGCUUCCUGAACUGAAGCAUGCUUUGUUCAUACCAUCCGUUUGGUAGAUAACCUCAUCUAAAUGUUUUAAGAGACACUGGUACAUAUACUAUCACAACAAGCUUGACAUAGACUUUUAAAGUAAAGCAAUGCUGUAUACAUUCCAAAUCUGCCAUUGCUUGUUUGUAUUUUGAAAACUGAAGUUCAUUUUUAUUAUUGCAUAACCUGCACUGUAGCACUCAUGAAAUGAACUAGUAGACAGCAGUUGU